AGCGCCGCGUGGUCAAAAAGUGUAUCAAGGAUUGACAAGGGAACGUUAGGGAAUCACGUUUGAGGGUUUUUCUUGGUGUUUCUGGCCAGGAAGACACCUUCAGGAUGAGUAGUAUUUAUAUUCAGGAGCCCCCCACCUCGGGGAAGGUGCUCCUGAAGACUUCCGUGGGGGAUAUUGAUAUUGAAUUGUGGUCCAGGGAAGCCCCGAAAGCUUGCCGGAACUUUGUGCAACUGUGCAUGGAGGGUUACUACAACUCCACAAUCUUCCACAGACUUGUAAAGGGGUUUAUUGUCCAAGGAGGGGACCCUGAAGGCAAUGGUUCAGGCGGAGAAUCGAUAUUUGGGGCUCCUUUUAAGGAUGAAUUCCACUCGAGGCUGCGAUUUACGAGAAGAGGGCUCGUGGCUAUGGCAAAUUCAGGUCCCAAUGACAAUGGUUCACAGUUCUUCUUCACUCUGGCAGCUACUCCGGAGCUCCAGAACAAGCAUACGAUCUUUGGGAAAGUAACAGGAGACACGGUAUUCAAUAUGCUGAAGCUCGAAGAGGGGCUCGUGGAUGAGGAAGAGAGACCAGUGUAUCCGCAUAAAAUAAUAAAAACUGAGAUUUUGCACAAUCCUUUCGAGGAUAUUGAACCUCGAGUGACCAGAAAGCCCGAGAAGGAGAAAGAGAAAAAAGAGAGUAAGUCCAGGGAGAAGGGCGUUAAGAACUUCGGUUUACUCUCUUUUGGCGCAGAAGCUGAGGAGGAUGAAGAGGAAACAAUGGAAUUUGUAAAGAAGUCUUCCGGAAAGGCUAAGUCCAUGCACGAUGCCGUUGAGGAUCCCAAGCUGAGCCGGGAAACACUCAAGGCGGAGAAGAGGGAUAAAUCAUCGACUCCGGACAUCGAGGAAGACCCCAGGGCAGCCAAAGAUGAAGAAGAGGUCAAAAAGACGGCCGAAAGUGUCAGGAACAAACUAAAAUCCACCAAAAAAGCCCAAAAAUCUCCAGAUAAACCAAUCAAGGAAGACUCCUCGGAUUCCGAUGCUGACUACGAUCUGUUCGAUGAGGAAAAGCAGCGCAAAGCCCAGAGGAAGAAAGACGCAGAGAGGAUUCGUGAGGAAAUCCUACAAGUACGCAAAGAGUAUCAGAAAGACAGGAAGCGCAAAAGUGAUCUCCUGGACAAGGAACGAACAGUCCAGGAGGAGAAGAAGCAGCGAAGUGAACUGCUGGAAGAGUAUCUCUCGGAAAAGGGCAAAUACGAUGCCCUGAAGAAAAACCAUCCCCGGAAAGGUGCCUCCAGGGAAAAUUUCACUCUCUCCCUUCUGGCCAAGUUCAAGAACAAACUCGAAACGAUGAAGGAAAAACACUCAGAAGCCCCGUCAGAGCCAACUCCUCCUGCAGAUGAUGAUGCUGACAUCCAGGGAGACGAUUGGCUUUCCCAUGAAUUGCAUUUUGAGGAGAAACUCCCAGUACUGGCCAAGGAUGCUGCUACGAAGCAAGAUGACUGGUACGAUGUCUACGAUCCCCGCAAUCCGCUCAACAAGCGACGUCGCGGGGACAAAGGCAGCGACAGGAGAAGCAGGCACGACAAAAGGCAUUGAAUCCAUUGAAUAAAUUAUUUUUUGUUCAA